AUGUCUGCGCUGACGCAGCUGGCACCUUUCGGUCGCAUCGGAGGCUGCCUGCUCCGGAGCAGCAGAGCACGGGCGGCUGGAGAUGGUGGAGUCCGUGGAGUCCGUCAUGCUGGCGGUGGGGUGCAUAUUCAGCCCAAGUACAGGGAAUUUCCCCAGCUUACUCGGAAACAGGUGGUCUAUGGUGAGUUCUUAAACUCACUCAUAUUGUUCUGGAUUCUCUGGCGCUUUUGGCAUGACUCGGACGCUGUGCUGGGCCACUUUUCAUAUCCAGAUCCUUCACAAUGGACAGAUGAAGAAUUGGGGAUCCCUCCUGAUGACGAGGACUGAAGGAGCAAAGUGAGAAGUUUCAAGAAAUUACAGCCUUCAUAUUUAAAGUUGUAAAUUAAAGUGGUUUGCCAAGA